AUGUUGAGAAGAUUGAAAGUAAUCAGAGUCGAUUUCGAAUAUUUAGUGAAAGCAAAGAGUUGUGAAAAAUACAAAAUAUAUCAUUCAACAUUUUUCAUUAUCAAGUUUUCUAGUACGGGUUUUUCUUUUGUAGUUCUAACUCUUUUUUUACCUUUUCAUUUGGCUAAAAAAGCUUUAUUUGUUGAUUUAAAUCCUUUCCAGAGGGGAAAAAAACCAACUGAGCAAAAAUAUCAAACACAUUGUUCGUUGCUUAAUGAACAGCGUAAAAGUGAAUCAGUCAAAAUGAAAACAUGUGACUUUGAGUUUCCACAGAUGGAAAUCUCACGCUUAUGA